GUUUUACGAUCGGCCAACUUUGCCGAACUUGCCUAUCUUGUGCCAGGCAUAAAUCAUGUUUGUGAUAAAAUAAUGGUUUUAGUAUGCGCAUGUGCUAUUUUGUAAAGUUUGCCAUUUUCAGUUUCCUUAUUACUUUUUAAGUAUUGACUUAUAUUUGUUAUAAAUUUAUUUGAAUUCAUAAACAAAUGAUAAGAAACCGUUGGAUUCGAAGCAGGUUACAUUAUAAUAUAACAACAAAUAAUAGUUCAAUUUAAUACAUAAAAUUUAAACCUGGCAUGGUUUAUAAUAGUAGUAUAAAUUUAUAAUACUAUUAUAUAUGUUUUCUAAUAUUUUUUUAUAGCUUGUACUAUAUUAUUAAUAUAAGUUAUAUAUAAAUAGCUUUAAAAAAUUAAUUUAUAUUAUUUAGAUUUUAUUUUAUUCUUUCUUCAUGAGCUUUAAAAGGAAAAGCGAAUGUUUAACAUUGACAAAAAGAAGGAAAGUUUUGGCUGAAAUAAAUAGAGUGAAGAAAGAAAUAAGCGAGCAGUUGAAUCCAAAGACUACUAUAAUGAAUUAGUUUAAAGAAACAAACGAAAGUGAAUUAUGUUUAAAUAACUUUCAAAAUAUUUCUUCCAGUUUGCCAGAUGCUAGUUCUUGAGGCAACAGUUUCCACACAAGUGUACUUGAUGAUAAUAAUACCACCAGUUUUGUUCAAAGUUCAGAAGUAGACAUUUUUUUGAUAAAAUCAUAACUGAAUCAAAUUUAAAUUUGCAAUCUGAUGAAGAAAGCAGCUAUUGUGAUUCUUACCUGGAUUGCGAAGAAAUGUUUUUUAAAAAUGAGUCAACUAUGCCUGAUAUUACUUUAAGUCUCCAUGAGUGGCAUACUCAAUUUAAUAUAACUGAUGCUGCAACUUCUAAUUUAUUAAGUCGACUUAAAUCAUUCCAUCCUGAUUUACCCUUGAGCAUUAAUGGUCUUCUUGGUAAAAAAGCUCCUUAUUUUAUAGACAAUAUUGAAAAUGAUAAUUUGUUUUACCAUUUUCACAUUAAAGAUCAUGUGGCUGAAUUAACUAAAGCUGGAAUUACAAAUAAUUUUUUAUUGUUACAGCUAAGUUUUGAUGGACUUCAAUUAUUUAAAUCAAGUUCUGAUGAAUUUUGGCCAAUUUUAGGAUUUUUUCAUGAGGUUGAAACAUCACCUUUUCUUAUCGGGUUUGCCUAUUGUAAAAAAGCAAAACCUAAUGUGAAUAAUUUUUUAGAUAAGCUUGUUAAAGAGUGUAAAAUUUUUGAAGAAGGUCUAAUAAUUGACGAGAGAAAAAUUGUAAUUAAAAUACAUGCAGUUGUAUGUGAUACGCCAGCUAAGGCAUUUAUCAUGUGCACGAAAGGCCACAGUGGUUAUUAUUCAUGUUUUAUGUGUAAUAUUGAAGGAGAAUAUUUGAAUAAAAUGACUUUUUCUGGCAGUGAUAAUCAAUUAAAGAGUGAUUACUUAUUUAGAAAAAAAGCUAAUAUUGAACAUCACAUUGGAUGUUCUCCCCUUUUAGAAUUUAAAAUAGAUAUGGUUAACGACUUCCCUGCUGACUAUAUGCAUUUAGUUUGUUUAGGUGUUGUCAGAAGACUCAUGAAAAUGUGGAAAGAUGGGUUUGGAGAUCAGCGAACAACCAUAGGAUCAUUUUCAAUAUCUCUCAUAAAUGCUCGAUUAGAAAGUAUGUAUAAUUAUAUACCAAAAAAUUUUCUAUUAUAUGCAAUAUAAUAGAAAAUUUUUCAUUGCAGGAUUAAGGCGUGGACUUAAUUUGUUUUGAAAUUCAUUUUUUUGGUUAGUACCUUAAAUUUUGCAAGGAUUUUCUAAAUAAAAGGUUUUUCUUCAUUUUAAUAUAUAUAAAAGGUUUUUCUUCAUUUUAACAUAUUUCUCUUUAAAAUCAUCGGUUUAAGUUUUUGACCAGUGCACUGGUUAAAAACUUACAUAGAUUUAUUAACAAAUACAUACAUGUAUGUAUUUAUAUUUUGUUUUUUAUGUAUUUAUAUUUUAAAGCUAUAUCUAAAAUUUAUAUUUAUUGCAACUAACCAAUUUUAAUGCUUUUUGUUCAAUAUUUUUUUGUGUUGCUAUUUAUAUUUAAAUGAUUAAAAAAUGCUGCAUGCUAAAGCUACGUAAUCAUUAGAUACUUAAGAAAAGAAGCCAUAAGAGAUAUAUCCUAGUUAUAAAAGUUUAAAAACUUAUAAAAGUUUAAUAAAAUUUUUCUGAUUAUUGUUAGUUUAUAGUUAAUGCUUACUUAUUGUGCUAAAUAAUUUAUAUGUAUCUUUAAGUAUAUAGACUUUAUAUGCAUCAACAUCUGGUACCAGUGGUAAUAUCACAAGUAUCUUUUCUUUACAAGUAUAUAUUUCCAUAUAUUUUGAAGGGGUUGUCUGCUUGUUUUCUUUUUUUUUUGUAUUUAUUAAUGACAUCAACAUCUGGUAGCAAUGGUAAAGUUCUAAAGUAUCUUUUCCAAAUAGUUGUAUAUAACCAAUCAAAUGAUUUUAUGUUAUACUUUGUUUUUUCUAUGAGAUUAUAUCUUUUUUAAAUCAUUAUAAAUGACAUUCUAAAGAUGUUUUUUUCUUUUUAUCAAUUGCACUUUGUAGUCUUUAAUGGCAUCUGGUAGCAAUGGUAAGUUUGUAUCCUUUCAAAAUGGUUAAUAAUGACUUGUAAAAGAAGAUGUCUUUUUAAGUUAUUGUUUAUUUUAUUUUGUUGUAAUUAGGGGCAACAGCAUUUAGUACCAGUGGUUAAGUUAGAUGUAUUUUUUUUGUUAUAUUUAAUGAUAUUGACAUCUGGUAACAUUGGUAAGGUUAUAUUUUUUCAAAAUGAUUAUAUUAAUUGUUAAAGAGGUUAUAUGUUUAUUAUCUUUUUUAUUUUGUAUUCUUUAGUUACAUCCAAACUUAAAAGCAAUGGUAAAGUUAUAUUUUUUUAAAAAGAUUGUAAAAGACCUUUCAUAAGGCUAUUAUAUAUUCUAAUUUUUAAGAUGUCAUUUGAUAACUAUAUUUUAUAUUUUGCAUUUUUUAGAGGCAUCACCACCUAUUAGCAAUAAUUUAUCAGGAGCAGUUUGAAAUACAAGAAAGAUUGCAGCAAAAUGUGAAGUAGAGGAUUAUUGAUAGUUAGCACCAUAAGGUCGAAUAAAUGACGGUCGAAGAAAUGAUGGCCAAGCUUUUACUAAUCUUAAAACUUUAUAUGAAUAAGAAUUGUAUAUUAGUUAACUUUUAUUGAAAUGUAAAAUAUUUAUCAAUAUAUAACGUAUUGCAAAAA